AUGCAGCACCACCUCUUGCAAAGGAGAAAGCAAAGUCCUCGAAACCCAUUGCAGGAUCUGAAUCGCAUUUCUGGUAGUAGCAAUAGCAGUGAUUCUUCCAACGUCUCUGCUGAAGCAUCAAGAGGUUGCCUACGAUUUUUCCUCUCCCACUCUUCUUUUUCUUCUUCAAAAUCCCCUGCCUGCAGACCGAAAUACCUCUCCCAAACUCCCAAUUCAAUCCACAAUGUGCCUCCUUUGAGAAAGCCUAAAGCUAAAGAGAACCUUACAAAAGCUAAUAGCGGGGAGCACACUAAAAACCUUGCAUCAGAGAAGGCUCGGAAAGUUAAGAAGAAUCCCCCAUGCCUAUACCAGUGGCAAUCUGGGAAGAAAUCCGAUUCUAAAACUGGCCAAAAAUCCAUGUCCUCUUCUGUUCUGAAUAACCAUUGCAAUUUUCUUCCUCGACUGCCAUCUGGAUUUGGAGAGUCAAUGCUGCAGGAAGAGAGACUCGAGAGGAUAAAUGACAAUGACCAUAAGUGUUCCCAGCUCAAAUCUUGUCAUAAUGAAGCAACUUUGACUCCUCUGAGUAAAAGGGUGUCUGAGUCAGAUUUGGAUAUUGUUCGUGAUGAUGGGGAUGUUAAAGAGAACUCAAACACAAGCCCUAGUGAAACACCUCCAAUUCAAAUUUCUGUUUCCCCUGAGAUACAAUGUGGUUCUUCUUUGGUUUCAGCUACUACACCAGCUUGUUAUGGUGCUGGCUAUAUAGUUUCUGGUGUCACUGACAGAAGAAAAUGCAGGCCUCGGGGUAUUCUUAUUGUGGGAGAGGACAACCCUCACUUCAAUUAUGGGACUGCUGAUAGUUUUGAUGAUGGUAAUGGGAAUGAAAUAAUGAGCACCGCCAACCAUGUCAGCACCUCUUUGUUGCCCCUGCCAAGUGAAGCUUCGAUGUAUUGGGUUUGUUCACCUCAUAACAAUGAGGAUAAAGAUGCCACGAAGACAUCUGAAAAUGGAGCAAGUCAAGUUCAGGUACUAGCUGAGUCCACCACUCUUGGUUCCAUUUCUCCGCCAUCAUCCAGUCAUAGAGUUUCUUUGGGCAUAAUUGAUAGCAUUGAUUUGUCUAGUGCUGAUUACUGUAUCAGAAGAAAAGCAUCUAGCUCAAUUUCUCCUAGCGGGCUCCCUGAAUUUCAAGGAUUUUCAGAUUCACUAUUAUCACCUUCUUAUUUACCCAUAUUCUUUUCUCCCAAUUCAACGUCUAGCUGCAAGGCGGGUGGCUCAGGAAAGGGCAAAACUUUUCAACACAAUCGUAUUGAAGAGAACUCUCCAUACUCACUCAAUUCAUUGAGUAGUGGAAAUGUUAUUCAAACUCCACAGUCAGACUUCAGUUCAGAUAUCCAUGUUGGCAUGCCAUGGGUUCAUGGAGACUAUCUGAAGAAAAACAAUUCUAAGCUUGACCUUGAUUCCAUAGGUGAAGCCAUUCCAUCAGCAAGCUUCAUGUCUGUACCAUUGGGGGAUUCUAUUAAUUCAAGUUUCCAAUUUGAUUGUUCAGCUCUGCCUUCUGAUUCAAUCGAUGUCUGUAAACUUCCGGAAUUUUUGGAUGAUCAGGUUCCUUGGUUAUCGAGUUCUACAAUUGACACAGCAUCACAGUCUCAAAUGAGGAUAUCAUGGAGGGAAGGGUUAAUGAGCCAACUUUAUGAGAUGGAUGACUUUGAUUGUUGCAAAUGCUUGUCAGAUGAGGAAGACCUUGCUAAUGAUUGCAACAGCAACGAUUUACCCAUCCAUUAUGUUACUAAAGUCAAUGACAAAGUAGACUUUGAUAAAAAGUUGGAUAGUGAUGUCAAAAUCACUGAAACUGAUGAUAAACCGCUGAGAAUUGAGGGAUUGGGCAAAGAAAUAUUUCCAGGUCUGCUAUCUUGUUCGGAGGCUGAGUCUAUAAGCACUGAUGGAACUGGUCUGGAUUCUUCCAAUUUGGCAAAACUCUGCAAGUCUGUUGGAGGCACAAAUUCAUGUCACAGAUGCCGGGAUGGGAUGCAUCCAGGAAGGCCAAAUGCUUGCAUGUGCAAAAGAAAAGGAAUGUGGGACCUUAAAAAAGCAAAGAAAAGUAGAUCAAAGAAGGUGGCAUCUAGGAAGCCCAAGGAAGCAACCUCUCAUUCUAAGACAGCAGUAAAUUUUGAGCGUAAGAAAAAAACUCAUUUCGGUAACAGUUACUGGCUUAAUGGUCUUAGGUUGUCCACAAAGCCAAAUGAUGAACGAGUAAUGCUGUUUAAGGAGAAAAAGGCACCUUGCCCCGUCAGAAGGUUUUUCUAG